CAGGGUUAUUCGAGCGUCGCGUAUGUCGAAAUCCCACCAGAAUAGAUUAUUUCGAAAUCCUUGUUUUGAUUGAUUUCCUGUAGAUUUGCAUUGCAUUCCGUGUGUGAUUGUGGUGAUUUCAAGUUAAAAACGGAGCUUUAUCGCGGAGCUCAGUACACUUUGAGGACGGAUUAACCCCAGCAUCACCUCCGCACCAGCAGUUACGAGCCAGCCAUGCCGGGGUUCAUUGAAGACAACAAGCGUUGCUUGAUGAUCAUAGGUGGUCUGUUGGUGGGCGUUGUCGGUAUCCUUGUCAUAGUUCUGCCCUUGAGCUUUGCCUCGCUUGAAUACCAUGAGUUUGGAUUCAAAAGACAGAAGAGUACCGGGAAGGUAGAUACAAGCACCGUCUACUCUGGUGGCAAAUACCUUGUGGGACCUGACGUGGAAUUUAAGAGGUUCAAGGCCGACGCCCACUUUCUUGAUCUUGACAAAGUCGCGAUCUUUACCUUUGAUAAGCUUGAGGUGAAGAUUUCCGCGCACAUGCAGUAUUUCCUUCGCAAGGACGAACUUCCCCUGCUUCAUGCGGCUUACGACCUCUAUUACCAGGACGUCAUGAAAACCACUGCUGUGGAUGCUCUAAAGGGCGCCAUUCCACGGUACAACACUAAGGAAUUGACGCUGAAUCGACCCGAGGUUGAGAACGCCAUCUACAAUUCAGUUGCUCAGCGCCUCGGGGGCUUAUGCUGUAGGAAGGACUGCAGUGAAUACAUGCUGGCGUGUGCGCCUGACUGCAUACCCCAUGCUAACUGUCCUGACACCAAGAAAGGCCUUCACGUCAAUGUGAAGUUUUUCCAACUGACCAACAUCAUCAUCCCACCAGAUGUUGAGGACAGGUACAUGGAGACACUGGUUCUGCAGGAGAAGAACCUACGGGAGCAGCUGUACCAGAAUGCAGCCAUCAUCAGGAAAGAGACCUCGAAAAUGGUGAAGGACAUAGAAAACAAUGCCACAGAGAUUGUCCAAACGGCUACGGCCCAGUCCCAGAGCAUCUCUACGAAGGCCAAGGCAAACUACACGAACACCAUAGAGAGGGCCCGCAGCAGUGGUCUUAAAAAGCUCUACACAGAUCUUGGCAUCACAGAUCAGGCGAAGAAGAACAGCUUUGACUAUCUGCGUACGCUUAACGGUCUCGAGAACGCACAUAUCACCGUCGAUUUCCAGCAACGAAUUGCUGGGACUUUGUAGACGGUCUCAAGAACACACAUAUCACUAUCGAUUUCCAACAAUUCAUUGCUUGGACUUUGUAGAUAGAUUGUUGAAAGUUUGAAUGGAAGAACAUGGCAAAUACUAAAAGUGGAGCAUUUGGUUUUGUGGUUGUUGAGUAUGCUUUUAAAAGCAUCGGGCAUUUUGUACUUCGAAAUUUUGUUUUUGUAUCUGUUGUUUAUUUGAUACAUGUUUAUGACAUAUAAAUUCUAGCAAGCAAACAAACUGAAGUUUGUUCCUUAGGGUAUGCAAUGAAAGGGUCUAAAAGAUUUGUUUUUAUCUGAAAUGGAUUUAUUCAUCUGACUAUAAAGAUUAAAUAGAUUUGCCUGCAAAUGAUUUACUUGGUUCAUUUGAUUAAUUAUUAACAAAUGGAAGAUGAUCCAAAAUUGUCUCUUUUUUUACCAGGAAACAACUAUUUUCAUUUAAUUAAGUCUUUUUGAGACGUUAUACUUUAGGGUCGAUGUAUUGUUAACUGCACUUAUUCUGAAUUAUAUUUUUUCCACAAUGAAUGGUAAGAAUUGUUUUUCUGUUGUUUUUUCUCAGAAAUUUAAGUUACACUCUCAAUCCAAGUAAUACAGCACUUGUUUUCUCAACUUGAUUCUGCCACACAAUUAUUAGUAGUUAUACUUAUAUAUAUUUUAUACUUAUACUUAUUUAUACUCCACCAUGUCUAGUUUCUAUUAUAACCAUAGUGAUCAAAUGUACAUGUAUUGUUUUUAGCUCACCUGAGCACAACGUGCUCAUGGUGAGCUUUUUGUGAUCGUCUUUUGUCCGUCGUGCGUCGUCCGUCAUCUUGGGCUGCACAGAACAGGUCAGCUCCUUUGAAUCUCAGGUGAGCGACUUGCGGACUUUCAGGCCCUCUUGUUUUUGCCUUUGUAUUCAUUUACUGGUUCAAGUUUUUGAAUGAUGUUACUGAUUUAAUUUGAUUUCGUAGUCCCGUCAAGUUCUAUUCUGUAAUGCUUAUUGGUUAUUUAAAUGAUUGCUAUUUUCCAUGCAGAACAGUUUAGGUAAAACUAUUUGUGUGUUUAUGAUUUACAUUUGUUGAGUUUUGGUCACGUACAAUUAUCUUAUAAAAAGUGUACUGUGAAUUUAAAUGAUUGCUAUUUUCAAUGCUGAUCAGUUUGGGUAAAAAUAUGUUUUUGAUGAUGUGCAAUUGGUAUAAUCUCAACAAAUCAUGUACCGGUACUUAUUAUGUACUUAAUUAACAUGUGUGCCUUUUUUCUUGAUCUUUGAAAGUCCCAGGGUACUGAAAAUUUAUUUACUGUUUUGUAAAAAGCCAUAAUGGUAGUAAAUCGAUUGUGAAUUUAUUUCCUUGUUAUAUUUGUUAUGUCACUGAUGGUUAAUUUUGUGUUUUGUACAAAAAUAUUCCUGAAUAUUUUUUUUAACAUAUCCUGAAGUGAAAUCGCUGAUAAUAUAUUGUAUUUUAAGAUAUGUUUUUACUCUAGUUAAAUAUUUAAACCUUGCUCUGUGAAAACAGGGCUUAAUGCAUGCGCGUAACAUCAUCACCAAUUAGCCUGUGCAGUCAGCACAGGCUUAUCUGGGAAGACUCUCCGCAUUAACUCUUUCAGUGCGGGAACCGAAUUUUGAAGGCCUUUGCAAACAGUUUGGAUCCAGAUGAGAUGCCACAAAACGUGGCAUCUCAUCAGGAUCCAAACUGUUUGCUAUUUUGAUAAUAUUCUUUGAAAAAAAUCAAAGGAAAUGAUAAUUUUAGAAAUUAAGCAGACAACAUUUUAGCAGACGACAAAUUUCCCAGCAUGCAAAGGGUUAAUGGUAUUUUUUUCUUUCAUGAAGAUUCUUAUUGGCAAAAAUCCUGUUUAUUAGGAAAGUGUCAUCACUGUACGUAUUGCACAUGCUAAUCUGGGCCCCACACGCAUUAAGCACCGUUUUCCUGAAAGACAUGCCCUUGUAUUUUUAAAACGCUAAGUGGCACACUUAAUGCCAAAGUACUAGUUAUUGCUUUAAGUCCAAUGUGCACAACAGAUUAAAGCGUAAAUUUUAUGAAAAGAUCAUUCUCACCUCUUUACUUAAAAAUUGUCUAUAUGUAAGCUGUGAAGUUAAGCCAAAAUAUGUCUGUUUUAAUUGUAUUAAAAGGGUUUGGAAGUUUGCAUUGUUUGACUCCUGAUACGUGUUCUUGCCCUGCUAAAUCAGGGACCCGGCUUAAUGCAUUUGAACUUUAUACGCAAAUAUUCAGGGGUCCGUCUUAUCAAAGAUCGUACGACAUUGUUUACUUACGAUUGCAUUUUGUAAUUUAAAAAUAUAAGUGAUUAUAAUUCGUAUGUUUCAAAUAUAAUGGAUAUUUGACAGCUUCUUUGGAAAUGAAUGGAAAUGUUCAACAAAAGUAAUUAUAAAUGCGACGGUUACGUUUAUAUGGCGCUUCGAAAAUUGCAUCGUAAGGUGAGAAUGUCGUAUGAUGUUUGAUAAGACGGGCCCCUGGUCUGGAAGGUGCUUAACCUAGUAGUAGCUUUCGAUAAUUAUGGAUACUAAAUCACUGUAUACACAAACAAAUAAACCCUUUCAUAAUUCUUUGGCUAUUGUUCAGUGGCUUGCAGCGCACAUUUUGGUGAACUGUAUAUUAAUGAUUAAUUGCUUACAACGAAUUGUUCCCAUUUGAGAUUCUCGAUUUCUUAUAGUGAGGUUAAACACCCCAGAAAAGUUCAACCAUUCUUUCUACUGGCAAAUGUUCAGGUUAAAAAACGCUUGGUGCAAAAGUCACGUAUUUAACACUAACGACUCCUGUUAAAAACGAGGAAAAGCACUAUGAUCGUAUGAAUUUAACUUAGGGGGAUCACGAGCAAACGCAUGUUAAGAUACUGUACUGAAAAGAUACUGUAGAAUUAAAAUGCAUACAAUUAUUAGUUCACAGAUUCCAAUGUGUUAGUUUUUCAUUUUCCUUAUUUAAGAUGCCUUUUUGAAACUAUUUCUGCAAAAGUAUUUUUUUAAGCAGGACAGGUUAAGUCUGGUCACCUCUUAGAUUUGAUUUUCUUUUAUUUUCUUUCUUAUAGACUUUAUUUAUUGAACUACAAAACUCAAGAAAAUUGGAAUCAAUUAUAUUGUCAGUGUCUAAUGAAAACAUUGAACCGAAGGCAUUCACAGCAAGCUCAGGAAAUUAUGUGUUACAUAUCAACGUUUUUUUUCUGCUGGCUGUGUUUAUAUAUUACCUCAACAAUAGUUUAUUUUGUACUAUGUUAAUAUUUAUCUGUUUUAUUUAUACCACCUUUUUGCAUGCAUGUUAUUAUAAUAUAAUUCUCCCCUUUUCCACUGUAUGUUUCAAUAAACUCUUGUAAAAAAUA